GCGGCAAGAGAGGGUCGCAAUCCCAUUCCUCCCGCUAGUCAUUUGUCCAGGGCUUCAAAAUAUUCCGGCAUCUAUUCCUUUCCACAAGGGCUGACGAAACACCGUGUGUGGAGUAGCGUGCGGAGGCGAAGUAUCCAGCACCAUGGCGGAGGAGGAGUGUAUUUUCGAUCCCAACUUGAAGAAGAAAAAGAAGAAGAAGACUGGUUUCAAUCUUGAUGCUGCAUUAGCAGAAGGUAGUGGAGCUCAGGAGCCUGCUCCCACCCCAGAGAAUGGAGAAGUGCAGGAAGCAAAGGAAAGCACCCCGGAGAUGGAUGACAUGGAGAUGUAUGGAAAAAAGAAGAGCAAGAAAAAGAAGAAGCCCUUCUCUCUGGACGAAAUGAGUGAUGCCCUUCCGGAGGCCAAGGACAACGGGGUGGCUACCGGGGAGGACCGGGAGCCACCCGCCAUCCAGGCUGCAGAGGUGGAUGACUUUGAUCUUGACAUGGACUUCAGCAGAACCAAGAAGAAGAGGACUAAGAAAAAGAAGGUGCUGAACGACCUCAUUGCCAAGGAUGAAGUGGCAGCCGAUGCUGAUGACAAGGAAUUGGAUUUGGCAACUGAUGGGAGUCGUGAGCCAGGCCUGGUAAAUAAAGAGGAGGACACUAUUGUGUGUGAGGAGAUUCGAGAAUCUGGUGAUGGCUGGGUGGGCAGUGAGCGGGACUACACCUAUGAUGAGCUGUUGGAGCGAGCCUUCAACCAGCUGAGAGAGAAGAAUCCAGAGAUGGCUACUGGUGAGAAGAAGAAGUUCAUCAUGAAGCCUCCUCAGGUUGUCAGAAUUGGCUCAAAGAAGACUGCAUUCGCCAACUUUGCAGAGAUCUGUCGCCUUCUUCACAGGAUGCCCAAGCAUGUACUUCAGUUCCUCCUUGCAGAGUUGGGUACCUCCGGUAGUACUGAUGGUAGUAACCAGUUGAUCAUCAAAGGCCGAUUCCAACAAAAGCAGAUUGAAAAUGUCCUUAGGAGAUAUAUUAAGGAAUACGUCACCUGCCAUACCUGCCGAUCCCCUGACACAAUUCUGCAGAAGGACGCUCGUUUGUACUUCCUUCAGUGUGAGCAGUGCAAUUCUCGGUGUUCUGUAGCUCCUAUUAAGUCUGGUUUCCAGGCUGUGGCCAACAAACAACAGAGGCAAGCUAUCAGGGCAAGCAAGAAUUAGGUACCAUCUUAUUUUUAGGUAUUAUUUUUUAUACAAAUACUUAUCAUACUCUCAGCUCUACACUCAUGCUCACAGUAGGAGAACAUGUAAUUGAAUCAUAUAAAAAUACACAUGUCUCAACCCAAUAUAGAUAUUUGACAACCCCUAUUUUGUAAUUAUGUAAUUAUUUAUGUAUAUUUCUACUUCUUUUAAGAAUCCUCUAUUGUGUUACCUCUAAAUUAUUUAGCUCACAAAUAUUAAUGUUUAAACUACUGGACACUGGUAAUACAAAAUAUCAGGUGCCUUCAGCUGCCAAGGGGACUCAGUGACUGGCUGGAAUUGUCUCAUAAUUGAACCUCUUGAUGUUCUAAUUAGGAGGGUUGUUUGUCUAAAGAAUUCAUGAUCUUUUAGAUUUAUUUACAUUGGUUGUUGAUAAGUUGACAUAUAUAUAGUACAUGUUUGAAAUGUUGCUUUGUCAAUAAUGAUGGUUUUGGAUUGCAGUUAUUAGGUUUAAAAGUCUUAUCCUUUCAUUUGUUCCAAACUUGAUACUAGAUAGGUAUCCUCUCUACAGGAAUAAUUAUGGUUAAACUUUGACAUUUGUAAUGCUUAGCUUCUAUCACAGUUAUAUGCAAGGGUGCAUUACUCCUGCAAAAGCAUAUUUAAUGCAAUAUAUCCUAAAUAAUAGUUAGUCCUGCACUUAAAAGUAUUUAUUCCUCUGUUAAAGUGAAUAUGCCUCGUUACCUCUCCAGCCACACCUCACAGUGAGUGUGAGUGUGUGUGUGCGUGUGUGUGUGUGUGUGUACGUACUUGAUGGAGGACAUCUAUGGGUGACAUUGACAAAGCAUCAGGACAUAAGGUUAUAUUAUCUUGUAUCAAGUUGUUUUAUGAGAAAUUACGGAAAUAAAUUCUAUCUAAG